UCUGUCUGAUGGCAUUGCUCGCACUUUCCCCAGGAUGACAAAUAUCACUCGUCUAAACAAAGAUUAAUAUGAGCUCCUUUUCAGCAAGGAGUUGUUUAAUUUUCAAUAUGAAUGUACUGAUAUGUGCUUUUUUGGGCUCCUCCAUUCUCCUAGUUUUGAAUGACUCCCUCUGUGUAGAAGCAAUGAAGAGACCGUUGAAUAUGGCUGAAAAUAGGGAAGGGCAAUCUGCUAUGAGGAGGGUCAGGAGUGUAGACAAACCAAAUCCGAUCAACUGUAAGAUGAAAAUGUGGUCAUCAUGGACCCCUUGUAACUCCUGCACAGACAAGAAGUAUCGUUUCCAAUACAUGGAGAAGGCAUCCCAGUUUGGAGGGACACAAUGUCUGGAUAGUCAGUGGCAACAGCAUACGUGCCCAGCUGCGCAGUCAGCAUGUUUGGUACCAGACUUCUGUGAGGAAACCUUUACCUGCAAUAGUACAGGUCGCUGUGUGAGUCAGGAGCUUCGCUGUAACGGUGAAGCAGACUGUCAGGACCUGUCUGAUGAGAUGGACUGUGAGCAGAUCAACUACAGAAAGGACAAAUGUUCCUCUCUACUUUCCAUCCCCGGGGCUAGCCGUGCCACUCAGGGCUAUAACAUACUGACAGGGGAAUUUGUGGAUCAAAUUCUUGAUCCAGAAUAUUAUGGAGGGAAGUGUGAAUAUGUCUACAAUGGAGAAUGGAGAAAACUCAUGUAUGAUGCCUUCUGUGAGAAUCUACAAUAUAAUGAGGAUGAGAAAUAUUACCGGAAACCCUACAACUUUCAUUCAUACAGAUUUGUGGCUGAGGCUACCUCUGAAGGCUCUUCAGAGUACUAUGAAGACAUGGCCACGUUCGUGAAGGCCAGAAAGACAGAACAUGCUUUUAAUAUGGGUUUUUCUGUUGGUAUUCAGCGUGUGGAAGUUGGAGUGUCAGGAAAUGUAGAAACCGAGUUUCUAAACAAUUUAACAAAAUACACCAGUGAGGACCAUGGCUUUGUCCGGUUGCUGUCUAAGGUUCAGACAGCCCACUUUAAGAUGAGGAGCGAAGGUCUGAUGCUUCAUGAAGACAUGUACCAAUCCCUAAUGGAGCUUCCUGAGGAGAGCUAUGAUUUUGGCCUGUACUCUCGCUUCAUCAACAAUUUUGGAACACACUAUAUCACCCAGGGCAUUAUGGGAGGGACACUGGAGUACGUGUCAGUCCUCAACAAAGUGGCCAUGAAAACCUCAGAAAUCAAUGCAAAACAAGUCAGAAGGUGUUUGGGUGCAUCUCUCGGUAUAAGCAGUCCUCCAAGCCAGACGGAACAGGUAAACGUUGGAGCAAAACUUAACAUCAAAAGAUGCAAAGCCAUUGGAUCUUACAGCAAAGAUGAUGUCGGCAAAUCCAGUUUAAUUAAGGAUAUUGUGACGCUGGUGAAGGGGGGCAGUACAGGAAGUAGUGCGGGUCUGCUGCCUGUCAAGGACUCUGACACAUACAGGAAGUGGGGCCUUUCCCUCAAGUACAACCCAGCACUCAUUGAGUAUGAGACUUUGCCCAUAUUUGAGUUGGUGCGUCUCAGCACAUCAAAGGACCAUGUGGGGAAACGUCUGACCCACCUGAGAAGGGCUUGGGAGGAGUACCUGCUCCAGUUCAACUCCUGUCGCUGUUCCCCCUGCUGGCACAAUGGCAUCCCUGUCCUCACCCAGACCUCCUGCCACUGUAUGUGCAAGGAGGGCUUUAGAGGGGAUGCCUGUGAGGAGACCCACAGGCAAGGUUCGACCACGGAUGGAGCCUGGAGCUGCUGGGGGGCAUGGUCUUCCUGUCAAUCAGGAAGUAAGACACGCAGAAGGUCAUGUGACAACCCCCGGCCAGAUGGAGGUGUAGCCUGCCUGGGGCCCUCCUCCCAGAAUCAAUACUGCUGAAGUAAUGGAAUGGCCAAUGGAAUACGAGUCACAUUACGACUGGGGGCAGAGAUUCCAACAAUACCCCAAGUGAAGUGAAGGGAAUCCCAAUGAUACCAACUCUGUUUUCUCAUCUGGUCACACAAGUUGAUGGUCAAUAUGUUUGUAUUUAGAAAUAAAAACAUGUACAACAAUA